AUGCAUCAGGGACGCCUGCGGCUGCGGCCGUGGCUGGAGGAGCAGAUCGAUUCCGGCAGACACCCUGGAGUCGUGUGGCAGGACCAGUCUGCCAGAGUUUUCCAGAUUCCCUGGAAGCAUGCAGCCCGGCACGGCUGGAAUAUCGAGAAGGACGCGACUCUGUUUCGAAACUGGGCGAUCCACACGGGCCGAUACAAACCCGGCACAGACAAACCCAAUCCCAAGAUGUGGAAAGCAAACUUCAGAUGUGCACUCAACUCCCUGACAGACGUCCAAGAGCUCCAGGACAAGAGCAUCAAGAAAGGCCACAACGCUUUCAGAGUUUAUACUCUCCUUCCACACAGCAAAACAGUCAAGAGACGCAAAGCUUUGAGGUGUUUGGAGAGCGACAGUGAAGCAGCAACACCUCCGCAAACACAAAGGAACACGCCACUGGAGAGAUUUACAGAGGCCUUCUGGAAGCUCUCCGAUGACCGAGGCAGUGAAGACAAAUGUGUCGAGGAGCAGAGACCAGACAUCACCUUCUCACAGGGACUGCAGCUGAACAAGACAGACGAGCACGAGCAAACCGAAGCUGUGCUGAAGAUCGUGGAUCACCUGAAGAACCUGGAGCACUGGAGUCCCUCGUGCGAGAGCGACAGGGGCUGGAGGCCAAACCCCGUGUGGAUGGGAUGCCGGUGUAAGAAAACAUCUCCGCAUCCUACAGCUAUCCCCAGUAAACACUGGAGAACAAAACUAUACUCCAACACAGUCUUCCACCUAACCAUUUGAUCACUUUUAAGAAUUGUGUGUCCUUAUUAGCUAUUAAGAUCGGUGAACUCCUCUGAUUUCAGGCGAGACGGUGGAGUUUUCCGGUUACUCCUUCCAGACUGACUGUAACACCUCAUCAGGUCAAUACGACUGAACCAGCAGCUUCACACUACUGCAUUUGGAUUUGUGUUUUUUGCAGUGCAACUGAAGAAAAACCAUAGUCAUUAAUGGACAUGUUAAUGACUGGACAGUGAAACUGUGCCUGAAUGAUUUUGAGUUGUAAUAAAUUAUGAUAAAUUAUGCAAAAUGACAGUUUCUUGGUCACUAAAGAAGACAUCAGCUAUUUUUAUUUGUAUGCCAAAUCUUUCAAUAAAUCUUGAGUUUAUGCUUUGGAUUAAACCGUGUGUGGCCUUCAUUCCCAAACGAGCGUGCAGAACAUCGAUGAACGUCAUUCCUGUGCGUAUUGAAUCAGGUGACUAUUCAUUAUUAUUCAAGCACGGCAGUGAACGUGUUGUAGAAAUGUUAGGAACAUUUCAGCUCGCUGUCCGAUCCUGCUUCGGCAGAGUUUAACUCCAAAUGCAAGACCUCG